GCAUUGGCUUCUCUCCUGCCCUGUUCUUUGGGAAGGAGAAGAACAGAGGUCAAUGCAAACAUCUCUGAUCUAGCCUUCCACUAUUGUAACCGUGCAGCCGUGUUCUGUCUUGCACUGGUAGAUACGUACGUACCUCUGCUCAACCGGCCGGUGGAGCUCCAAGCUAGCUAGUCUUUUUGUGUGAGAGCCGCAGGAUGGCUGGAGCACUCUUCUCCAUGGCUCACCCAUGGGCCUCUGCUUUCGGCAUCCUAGGGAACAUCAUCUCCUUCCUGGUGUUCCUCGCGCCAACGCCGACGUUCCUGCGCGUGUACCGGAAGAAGUCGACGGAGGGGUUCAGCUCGGUUCCCUACGUGGUGGCGCUCUUCAGCUGCACGCUGUGGAUCCUGUACGCGCUGGUGAAGACCAACUCCAGCCCGCUGCUGACCAUCAACGCCUUCGGGUGCGUGGUGGAGGCGGCCUACAUCGUGCUCUACCUGGUGUACGCGCCCAGGCCCGCCAGGCUCCGCACCCUGGCCUCCUUCCUCCUCCUCAACGUCGCCGCCUUCUCCCUCAUCGUCGCCGUCACCGUCUUCCUCGUCGCCCCCAUGCACCGCGUCAAGGUCCUCGGCUCCAUCUGCCUCGCCUUCUCCAUGGCCGUCUUCGUCGCGCCCCUCAGCGUCAUCUUUGUGGUGAUCAAGACGAAGAGCGCCGAGUACAUGCCCUUCUCGCUCUCCUUCUUCCUCACCCUCAGCGCCGUCGCCUGGUUCUUCUACGGACUCUUUACCAAGGACAUCUACGUCACGCUGCCGAACGUGGGCGGGUUCUUCUUCGGGAUCGCCCAGAUGACGCUCUACUUCUGCUACCGGAAGCCCGGCACGUCGGCGCUGGUGCUGCCGACGUCCAUCGACGACGUGUCCACGGAGCCCGCCGCGUCGGCGGCGGCGGAUCAGGAGGUGGAGCUCCCCGCGGGCACGCACCCGGCCGUGGCCAUGCUGACGGUGAGCACGCUGCCGGUGCUGGCGGAGCUGCAGAAGAUGGAGCAGGAGAUCGGGACGCCCACCCCGCGCAAGGGAUACAUCAAGGCCUUCUGACCAAGGCUUAAUCCACACUCACUCAUGAUUCGGCAACACGGCCGGCCGCUAAUAGAAAUACGUAUAUAUACUGGUAGUAUUGCGAUCAUCUAAACAAAACGGGUAGUAUUGCUUAAUCAUUCAGCUGCUUUCAUUGCAGUCGUUUGUUUUGUGUACGGUUAAUUUACAUUCGUGUGUUGUUAAUCAGAGGUUCUCUUGGGCAAUAUGCUACCAUUCACAUGCCCUGGGCAAUAAGCUUGUAAACAGAUCAGGCACGUACGUACUCUCGUCGUUGCUUGUACUGCCACUAAUUAAUGAUGAAUUAAUCCCGUGUUUAGUUUGCAUUAACAAA